CAUUCCGAUCCCAGAGUCCGUUUAUCAGGCUUGACUUACAGGCAACCAAUUUCUUCGUAAAAGGAAUAUCACGCGCGACUUAACCUAACUUCGAAUGACGAAACGACAAAAACGAUCGACGUGAAACUUCAAGUAAUUAUCAAUUUACGGCUUGUCUUUUUUUCGUAAGACGCCUAAUUUUACCCACUCGUAACAACGCAGGUCGGUACUGUCUUGUACCUGGAUACUAAUUGCCUUAAUAAUUAACGCCUCCGCGGUCAUCAUGCUCGCUGAACUAUACGGAACUUCCAUAGCCCUCUCGGUCGAUAAAACAGAUCCACUUCGCUUCGUAUUUCUUUCAACGAACGUUAAGCGCGUUUAACGACGGCACGAUUAUUCCGGAAAUAUACAAACUGUUGGGCGAGUUUUCAUUCCCACGAGGGGAAAAAAAAUAGUCGCGAACGAUAUUACCAUAGUAAGAAAAAAAGGAAAUUAUUAAAUUUAUAGAAAACGUAAUGCGCAGUUCACACCGGUUCGUAUAAUUUUUAUUUUAUAAAUCAACAUUCCAGCGAUACUUCACUCGGUAUAUACUUAGUUCGUUAAAAAAAAAAUUUUUUAAAUAAAAAAACGUUAAGACUCAAGCGCGCGAAAUACGUAGCCGUUUAACGCUCCACAGAAUUAUUCACAAGGAAAAACUUUUUUUUUUCUCUUCAUCUUCCCUUACAUCUCGCUCCCUUCCUCAUGAUCCUCAAACUCUCUCUUAUCCACUUCAUCCCUAUAAGAUAAUCCGAACCGAGUAUAGAAAACGAGGAGAGCUUCCAGCGGGGUAAAAAUCCGAUUUAUCACGAUUUGUUAAGCAACGCCCAGACAGGAUUGACUAUCGCGUUAAAACCCCGUAUCCUUCGUCACGUAUUUCCCAGCUCCAGUAGCAAAGAACUUGAUGAAAGAUAAAAAGAGACAUUUUCGCCAAACGUACCCGACAGCUCUAAAGCCGAUAGGAUACUUCCGCCGAAGUGAAAAAAAAAAAAAUAAAAUAAAAUAAAAUUCAUCCAGCUCCAAAAGUAAUACGUAUUUUCAAAUGCGCGACUUUUUAAACGGAAGCAAAUUAAUAUAAAUCAAAUGAACUAAAUUUAAAAACUAUUCCCUCCGUUCACCCCUAUUUUCCCAUUCUCUAAUAAUCUCGGGUUCAGUCUCCUCGAACCAUUAUUCGAAUAUCCCGCCAAAAUCGUAUCAAUCCAUUGAUUGACACUUUGAACGUGCCGCUACGAUAUUCUCAUUAAUGUCGAUACACGCGUUUGGUUUGAAGCGUCGAAUAUUGUCGAGCGAGCAAACAAAGCCGCGUAUCAGCAUACACAGUCUAUACUGCACUAUCCACAGUGUGAAUAUAGCGCGGCAGGAGUACAGAGUGCAAGCAUGUAGUAUAGAGUGCAACGUGCAUAUGAAAUCGAGUACAUUAAAAUAUAUAUAUAUAUAUAGUCUACACGAUAUUUAAUGUUAAUAGUUUCCGUGUGAUAAAAAAAGAAAAUAACGCUGAGUAAAUACAGGAUUGACAUAGUUUGAGUAAGGUUAGGUUAGUUUAGGUUAAAAUUCUCCCCAUCCCAUCGUAAGAUCCACUCAUCUCCGCCUAAGGAUGCUGCACCGACGUCUGAUUUAAUUAUCCCAAUUAAUGCAACUAAUUAGUCAGGCAUAACACGGAGCGUUAAAUAGGGCCGAUAAUCCGCUGACAUUAAAGCCAGAAAAUGUCGACCGAACGGGUAGCAGGUUACACGUAUAAAGAGUAAUGAUAGGUGUGGAUGAUUAGGGCCGUUUUAAUUACCCGAUAUAAUCGACAUGGAAUAAUAAAUUAAUCGAACGAAAUUGGACUACAGGCCGAUAAAGAGACAAGAAUUAUGCAUGCAAGAUUUGUGGACCGUGAUGCUGGACGAGUCUCGUGAGACAGCAUUGAAAUGUUAUUUGUCAAUCAAGAAAAAGGGAAGACCCUGAAGUUUUUCGAUUUUCCUAUACCCCCCGUGAGUGCGAGAGAGACGGCGUUAUGGGGUCUGACGUGCGAGCGACAAGGACGUACGUAUCGUUUGGUAAAAUCCCUGGACGAAUACCCUUCGACAAUUGGCUAUUCGACGUUACACCAGUCUUUGAAAGUUCACAAUAGUGGCGCUGCUGUCGCUCACAGUUAUCGUGCUUACAGUACGUCCUUCCUUCUCUAAUUCAGGGACCCCGGACUAUAAAUGCCAAACACAAUAGAGAUCCUCAAACUAGUUGCUAUCAAUCUCUAUCAGUGGCUCCCUCGUGCCGUGUUUGUAUAUAUCAGCUAUACACAAUCUAAGGAUAUGUAAAUACCCAUAAUUGACCAACUAGGAUGAGCGAAGGGCCAUGAACGAAACGUGCAAACAGGUUGAUUCUGCAUAUACAUGCAUAUACAAAGGGUUAAUAAUACUGGAUUGUAUAACGUUAUGAAAUAUUAAUUACAGGAUAAGGUCAACAGUGAUUAACAAGAGUGAAACUAAAAUUGAAAUGACUUUCUCAACUGUCAAUGCGUAAGGUUGAUAUACUUGGUGUCUAAAAAAAAGAAAAAAAGAAAAAAAAUGGCCAAACGGUUCCACACAGUGUCUAUACCAACGUUCCAAUAGGUAACAACCAAAGUUCAAUGUGUCUCCUGGUGACUUAUUAUUAUUUGAAGCUUGUAUGCUUCGGCUGAAUCAUACUUUCUGAAAGCCUCGGGGUAGGAGAGCUUUGCUCCUGGUAUGUGUAAUGGUGGAAACGGUCCAGCGUUCUCUGAAACCCUGAGAUCCCUUAAAACCGUUGGAUUAACGAGCGGAAAGGGUGUGUCCUGGGAUAUAUCCAGUUAUGAUGUAUGUUACGAGACCGUUGGUGCUGUCGUGGACCAAGUUUGUGACGUUCCAACGUUAAGCCAUCCACGUGGAGUGAAAAAUCAGGGUGGCGACUGGGGUUGUGGUGGCUGGAGAGAGUGGAAAAGAAUUUUUUUUUAAUAUGGUAGCGAAAAAGUAUACCAAUAAAAAUAAUCAUUGAAACGAGGAACCUGACCAGGAGUCGUCCUAGGAUCAUCCGAUGGGAACGGUGGAUGAUCCGUGAAAAAAAGAAAGAUAAAAUUAUUAAUUCUUAUGAAAAAAAAAAAAAAUGACGUGCGAUGUUGAGAAAGAGGAGAGGCACUACCGAUAGAUUCCUGGAACGUGGCACAAAGGCCUUCUUCGUGGAUUUCGAGUCGUCCUGAUAAUCUUCCUUGGCAAAAUCUUCAGAACAUCCGGAUCCGGAGUUCGUAUAUCCUUUUUGGAAGUGAGACAUAUCCUGCGUCCCUGAGCUGAUGUCUACAGUGAAUGAUUCUCAUUUCCAUUUUAGUCCGGUACCAUACCGUCCUGAAGUCGGCCGCUGAUCUUGCUCGGAAAAGGAUAUGGUACACGGAGAAGGCGAAGUCUCUGCUGUGAAUGAUAACAGGACUUGUACUUGUUUGAUUAGACGGACGAUAAGGAGGUGGAUAGGAAAAGCGAGGGACAGUGCUGGAAAAGAUAGAAGAGAAUGAGGGGAGGGGUCGGGGGGGUCCUUUUGAUAGGAUUCGAUUAAGGGAGGGGCGUUUAUUCGUUAAGAGGAGCGUGGAGAGGAAAGUUGGGUUAAUUAAGAAAUUGGACCGAGAGAGGGAGGCUGCUGCUUCCUUGGAAGACAUAGAAGUCGGAGGUGGAGCGUGACGUCGUAAUAGAGAGAGAGAGAGAGAGGAGUGGGAAAAUCAGUGAAACCGGAAGUGGGGAGGGCGAGAAGAAAUUAACCGGAAGAGAAAUGGCAGCUGGCUCGGCGGUAGCCAUGAUAGGUGCCAAUCUGAGAUUCGGCAUUGGCGCUUCCGGCAACGUCACUUCCAACGCCACAAAAGUCUUUCAGUGUCAUCCUGGAGGCGUCACGGAGGCUACUGUAAUAUUUAGUUUAGGCGCCCUUGGAAUGGGUGCUAAUAUUAUACUGAUGGCCCUUAUACUGACCAAGCGACAGCUGCGAAGAUGGUCCCAGGGUCUGCUGUUUCAUCAGGCAAUGGUCGACUGUGCCAGGGCAGCUAUAUUGCUCCCACUUGGAUUAAGUAUUCUGAAUUGUCAACCGGUGAACAAGUGCUCUUUGGUAGAGACAGCCUUCCUACUGUUAGUCACUGUCUCCACAGUGAACAUGCUGACUACGGUGCUCAAUGACAGUCCAGUAUUUCCUGAAAGCGAAGAGGAAGCUGACUUGACAGCGCCAUUGCUGAUGGAUUCCCCCCAGUGCGUCCUCUUUGGUACGUUCAUGAUAUGGUUUGCCAGCAUCACCAUCAAUCUGGGUCCUACAUUUUUGAGUGGGGCCCUUGCCGCCAAUACAGAGACCGGUCACAAUGCACCAAGCUGUCCACUGGUUCACGGUCCAUUUCGUCAUUAUAUUUUGAAUGUUUUGUGGAUUGUGAUUAACGUCAUUUGCGUAGCCCUCACGUUAUUUCACCUGAGGAAGCUUCACAGGGAUCUGACUAAGGCAAACGUGGAGGCAGUACGUGUGGCUGGUCUUGUUACGACCCUGGUCAGUGUUACCGGUGGACACGGUGGUUCUAAUGGAUUAAUCGAUGGCUGCGCUACGAGCACUAGGGACGGCACGACGCCCAAGAGAACCGGCGCCAUGGAGGAGCAUCGCAAGAUGAGAAAUUAUCUGAGAAGAAUGGAGCGAGAGGGUGUACAGAGAGUCAGGAUGUUCUUGGUUAUAACUGCAGCCUACGUAAUCUUCUGGGGUCCCUUGUUCCUAGUUACCCUGGUCCAUCAUCCUCUGAUCGGCAAUCCUACGGGCUACGAGGUCACUCUACACAUUGCCUACGUACACGCUUUCGUGAACCCAGCACUCUUCCUGACCUUGCACCGUGGCCUGAGACAGGGCAUGUCGGACGUAUGUUGCGGAUGCUGCGAAAGCAUAGCACGAUGGAUACUAGGAUCUACUACGAGUAGUCCAAUACAAACGGUACAACCGCCCCGUUAUGAACCACCCUUGAGAUUACCCUCACCACCUGACCCUCCGUUACCAUCGUCAGGAGCUAUCUGCGACCUGACUGACGUGGCACUCUUGAAACCACCUCUACCACCAGCGGCAAAGCAUCUGCUUAGGGAUGACUCCAUGUCUGUACCACCUGAUCCUUGGAGCCUCGUCACAAGACCAAAAAGCACUUUGACUCUGUACGAUGAGGAAUUGAACAGAAGACCAAGUUUGCUUUUACCACCGCCACCAGAAUUGAAUGACUUGACUUCACCAAUCAGUCCAUCGAGCAGCGACCUGCCCAGUGAAUAAAUCUUCAUGGUCCCAGAGAAAAAAAUACAUAAUCCAUCCCUUCUGCGCCUGUCUUCAGGCAGGUAGACAGUUCGGAAUCGAAAGAAGCAAAAUAUAUAAAAACGUCCAUGCUCAUUGCAUCACAAUUGGCAUUGAUUGUUCAACUGUUCAUCUUACACACUGUGAAACGCUUUAAUACUCAACAAGAGUACCUGCUGAAUUGUCCAAGGAAUUUGUCACAGUACCCAAUAGUACUCUUGACCUUCCAUUGGAUCCUGAAGUACCCGAUGUUGCCAGAUGGAACAAAGAUGAGGAAAAAACAAAAAAAAAACCAAAAAAAAAUACUUCCAAAUAAUCUUGCACAAUCUCUCAGACAGGGAUUUUACCUACUUACUCCUAGUGGCAACAGAGACAAGCAUUUGUCUCUUACCUUUAUAUCAUAUUGUCUAAGGAAUUUAAUGUACGUUGUUCGACUAUACGAAUCAGUCACUCAUUCUUUUUCAAUGGGUAAAUUACUAUUGCCCGACGAUUUCUUAUGAUUCAAAGGUUCUAAUUGUCUUUUGCAAGAUCGUUCAGUCAUCCUCUAAAAUCAAAGUAUAGUAAAGACCUACGUUGUACGUUUACCGUGUAGAGCCACAGGCGUUGACAAAGCGUCAUCGUUAAAUAUUUAAAGAGUCAGAAUAUUUAAGAAGCCAUUGAACAGUGUAAAGGCAAAUCUUGACAGACUGAAUUUUUGCAUCAAUAUUUUAUUGCAAUUUUACCUACACGAUACUCGCAGUCCACUAGUUACACGGAGCUUGUAUCAUAUUAUUUAAUUUUCAUAUGAAAUUAAGUUCACAGCCAUGUUCAAUCUUUCGAUUCAAUCAAAAGCAUAGCUGUCACUUGCGAUUAUACGAUUUUCUAAGUGUGUCUGUGAUUGUUAAUUGGGGGGAAGUAUUACUGUAUAGUACAUAGUUACUAGAAAUUAAUGUCAGGGUCGGAGCAAACUAUUAUAGAAUAUAAUAUAAUGAGAAAGCAUAUGAUAUAGUUCCUUAUAGCUGGAACCAAGCAUAGGGGUGCACUUAUAUUUCACAAAGAGUAGGAUUAGUUUAUGUAACUAAUAUUAUAAGGUCUGCUGUGAGAUUUUUCAAGGCCAUGAAAGGGGAAUGGAUUUAAUGAAUUAAUAGUUAAGAUAUUUUUUAUUAUACUUUUUAGAGAGUCUGUCAGAAAUUGAGUUCUGAGCGGAGCUAACUCUUCAAAGAUAUUUCGAAUAAUUUUUUUCAUACUUUGGACUACACGUGCAUCGAAUUUCCAACGAUUAAAUGAAGAUGCGAAGACAGGAAAUAAAUUCUCUGAUUCUUUGUGGCUCUUUUUUUCUUCGUUAUCAGUUCACCCGCGAGGAGUGAUUUAAAAAAAAUAUUAGCAGCUGUUCCCCUCACAAGUUGCUUAAUAAGAGAAAGACCCUCACGUCUGAGACCAUAAAGCACGAAAUCUAAAAAAAUGUCCAAGUAAAAGAAAUUCUAAAAUAAAGUUAGGGUAGUUGGUAUACAUCGGUCUAGCUGCGUCAUAUCAGUGGAUAAUCAAUUUUUUUUUCUUAUGACAAAAUUUCAAUGAUUCAAUCACUUGUCAGUUUUGUCCGGACAUACAGGUUUCAUGUAAAAUCAAUGUGGAUCAAUCGAUAGAUUGUUUCGUUUAGUCGGAUUCAUAGGAAUUGCUCACUUUAAUCUAGUCCGCCCACCAGAUAAUUACCGAGAAAACUUGUCAAUUAGAAUCUAGCUAAUUUUAAAAAUAAAAAGAGAAAACGAUCGCCUAACCCUUUCGAUACGUUGGAAGUCAGUGGAGCUGCUGGAAGCCGUCGACCGUAGUCGAAGAUCGUACCAAAAGGGUUAAGGCGACGUAAAAUAACAGAAUUUAUCAAAAACAAGUAAAUUAAAUGUCUAUUUAAAAAAAAGGGUGAAAACGACAGGAAGAUCACACUGCACGAUUUGUAAGACGCUUCCGCUUUUCACAAUAAAAAAAGCACGUUUGUCAAGUGAAGAGAAAAGGUUUAGAUAGUAAAAUAAGAAAUCAUAUGCUUUUACAAUUAAUCACGAAAAUUGUGUGUUUUACUUGAACUCAUAGAAGUGCACCUUAAAGUUCGUUAUUCGGGUCCAUUUCUUGAUGUAUACAAUUAAGGCAGGAUCGAACGAGAUCAGCGUCGUCUUGCUUUUGCAAUGUUUCUCAAAAUGAGCAUAAAAAUUUUUCUGCUUUUUUGUCCAAAAAGAAUAUAUAUAUAUAUAUAUAUAUAUAUAUAUAUAUAGAGCAUUCAAAUAGGACAGAUGUAAAGCAUGAUACUUUAAUUGAAAAAAAAGAAGUAUUGUUGCUUUUAAACGAUGGUCAAUUUAAUUAUAAAGAUUUUGUAAAUCCAAAUACUCAAAGUAGACCUAACGUGAACGCGACUUGUCCCAGUCGCAUAGAAUGAAAAUUAUUAAAAGAAGGUAAAAACGAAAGCAAUGAAUGUAUAAAUAAAUCGUGCCUAAAAUAAUCGAAAGCUAAAUAAAAGAAUAAUAAAAAGUAUUAAAAAUUAAAUAAGAGCGUCUAAAGGCGUGAAGAUCUUGUACGACUAUGUGAAUAUAAUUAGAACGUAAGUACGAAUAUUGUAAAAUGAUUUUACAUAAACAAAAGACUAUUGAACAAGAAACUUAAAAGCAGUAAAUGAAUUGUAACAAGAGAAAUAUAUUAUAAUAAAGUGUAAAUAAUAA